AUCUGUCAGUCAAGCAGAUUCCGGCGUGAGGCUCGAAGGAACCAUGAACCAACACGUGAAAUUAUUCACGAUGACCAACAUGAUUUCGGAUUAGUUGGGGCUCAGAAACCGUACAAUUCUGCCAAGAACUUCAUAAAGAUCUGGAUUUAUUCUAGCAACAGACAUUUCGGAGUUCCUCCCCAAGAUCUUUCAUCUUGACCUCGCUGCCAACUUGGAAAGCUAACUAGUUAGCUAAUAGCAUAGCAUAGCCUAGCACAGCAAUCUGCUUUGCAAAUACGAUACGUUAGUAUCGUGGGUAGAGACAGAAAGUAUGGAUAAUUCUUCUGAGGACAUAGUACAACUGCAUGGCGAUGAAGAGAUUGUCGAGGUUAUUGAUCUCAAUGAUGCAGAACAAUCUCCAGAUGACCUGGCAGAAGAGUUGGAAGACGUAGACUUCGAAGAUGCUGGGGCAGCAGCUGACGAUGAGGCCUGGGAGACAGAGGACGAGAUGGAAGCAGAACAAGAUGACAGUGAACUCACCUUCUCCAGUCACACUGGCUCCGUCUUCUGUGUCAGUCUGGACCCUCAAACAAACAGUUUAGCAGUUUCAGGGGGAGAGGAUGACAAGGCCUAUGUGUGGACCGUGAGUGAUGGAGAGGUGCUCCUUGAGUGCACAGGACACAAAGACUCUGUGACAUGUGCCACCUUCAGCUAUGACUCCAAGCUUGUUGCAUCAGGAGACAUGAGUGGCCUCAUCAAGGUGUGGAAAGUGGAGACUAAAGAAGAGAUCUGGUCCUUUGAAGUUGGAGACUUGGAGUGGCUGGAGUGGCACCCAUGUGCCCCUGUCCUGUUGGCAGGCACUGCGGAUGGAAAUGUGUGGAUGUGGAAGAUCCCAGGAGGCGACUGCAAGACCUUUCAGGGCCCCAGCUGUCAAGCAACAACUGGCAAGAUCAUGCGAGAUGGAAAGAGAGCCGUGGUUGGUUAUGAAGACGGCUCAGUGAGGAUCUGGGACCUUAAACAGGGCAAUGCCGUACAUGUCAUUAAAGGUAGUGAUGCCCACCAGGGGGCGCUAACGUGCCUUGACACCAAUAAGGACGGCUCGCUGGUCCUGACGGGCUCCGUGGAUGGCCUGGCCAAGCUCAUCAACACGAACACAGGCAAGGUUGUUUGUGCCUUCUCCAUCGAGAGCGGCAAAGCGAAGGACUCCAUGACGGACGAAGAGGACUCCAACUCUGUCGAGUCAGUGGGCUUCUGCAAAGUUUUGCCGUUGGUUGCAGUGGCAUACCUGGACGGUACCUUAGCUAUUUAUGACCUGUCCACCCAGGCUCUGAGACAUAGGUGUCAGCAUGAGGCAGGUAUAGUCCAUCUGCAGUGGGAAGAAUCCUCAUCAUUGGUGGCCACCUGCAGCCUGGACGGUGUCGUCCGGCUUUGGGACGCCCGAUCCGGAUCCAUGGUAUCAGAGUACCGUGGACAUGGUGCCGAGAUCCUGGACUUCACACUAAACAGAGACGCCUCCAUAGCAGUGACGGCAGCCGGGGACCACAAAGCCAAAGUGUUCUGCCUUCAAAGACCGGACCGGUAGGACUUGACACCCACGGACAGACGCCCCCCCUCUCUCCUCCCUCUCCUCCAGGACAUUUCUCUUGCAUCACGCCACAGUUUCACGGCCCCUUGGUGGCCUGGAGGAUGGUGUUUGCUCUACACACAUAGAGAUAUCUGAACACACCCAAGUCCACACCUGAAGAGACAUUACUAGGUUAUUGGCCUGUCAUGUGCUAGCUAGAUCAUUGCUAGAUCAUUGCCAGAUCUUGUGAAGUAAAAAUAAGACGUGUUUCAGAUAGUAGGUUGUUAUCGAUAUGGAUCAGAUUGUUAAAUUGUUUGGAAAUAUUUUCAAGUUUUCAAUUAUUUCAUGGCUGACAAAAUAAUACAAUAUGGUACCUGUUUUAAUUACUGCACUCAUUUACAGGAGCAUGAUUUUUUUUUUUCUUUCAUAUUUAAUUCAAUAU